CUCUAUCAAUCAACCAUCAACAUGCGUUUCUUCGAGGUUGCUACUGUCCUCGCGGCCGCUGGUGCCGUCUCGGCUGCUCCUUUGGAGAAGCGGGCUGCCGCCGUUGAUGAGCUUGUUGGUUUCGCCGCUGGCACGACUGGUGGUGGAUCUGGUGCUGGUACUACUGUGUCAGACUGCGCUGGUUUGACUGCCGCUGCUAAGAUCGGCGGUGUCAUCAAGAUCCAGGGCACUCUCACCGGCUGCGGCAUCGUCAAGAUCCUUGCAAACACGUCCGUCCUUGGUGUUGGCUCCACUGCUGGUCUCACAGACGGUGGCCUCCAGAUCAGGAAAGUUGACAAUGUCAUCGUCCGCAACAUCAAGUUCUUCCGCGCCCCUGCGGGCAAGGACCUUAUCGACAUCGAUCAAGCCACGCGUGUUUGGAUUGACCACAACGACUUCUCCUCCGUCGGUAUCACCGGUGACAAGGACACCUACGACGGUCUCCUCGACGCCAAGCACGGCGCCGACUCUUUGACCUUCUCCUGGAACAAAUUCCACGACCACUGGAAGGGCUCCCUCGUCGGUCACUCGGACAGCAAUAGCGCUGAGGACACGGGCAAGCUGCACGUCACCUACCACCACAACGACUGGACGAACGUCAACUCGCGUCUCCCCUCGGUCCGCUUCGGCACCGCCCACAUCUACAGCUCGUGCUACAACGGCGGCAUCUCCGGUGUCAACUCCCGAAUGGGCGCGCAGGUCCUUGUUGAGAACACCUCGUUCACUGGCGUCACCCGUGCCAUCGUGACCAACCUCGACUCUAAGGUGGAGGGCUUCGCCAACGAGCGCAACAACCUCUUCACCUCCUCCACCACCCAGAUCACACAGGUCGGCACCUGGACUCCCAGCUACGCGUACACUGCCGACGCUGCUGCCGACGCUUGCAGCAUUGUUGCCCAGUCUGCUGGUGUUGGGGUUGUCACCUUCUAAACCCUUGCUCAAGAAGUGAAAUUCGCACACCAUAGCUGUCAGCAUGAGGGAAGCCUGAGGG